AUGCUGCUGGUCAACCGAAAGAAAGUGAAGUAUCGAAGAGAUGGACAUUGUUGGAAAAAACGAAAAGAUGGAAAAACAACUCGGGAAGAUCAUAUGAAACUAAAAGUGAAUGGUGUUGAGUGUAUAUAUGGAUUGUAUGUACACUCAGCCAUUGUACCAACAUUUCACCGGAGAUGUUACUGGUUGCUUCAGAAUCCGGAUACUGUCCUGGUGCAUUACCUGAAUGCACCUUCCCCGGACGACCCCAAGUCCAGUGCCAUGACGAUAUGUCCAUGUCCAGAUAAGAAAGGAUGGACAAAAGAGUCAUUAAUUGCUCAAAUUAAACCCAUGUUUAAUGGAGUGCAGUUACCUGUAAAUGGAAGGGAAACAACUGUGGAUAGUGCAGUGGAAGGAAUUGUGCAGAAAUUUCUCGGCCCGAGUUCUUCCAAACAAUCUAGUGUCUCAUCGUACCCUGCAUGUGUGUGCCAUGGGACAACCCAGACAGUCAAGGUUGAGAAAAGGCCAACACGAAGGGCGCCGUCUAAGGCAGAGGACAAAACAAGUACAACUGCUGUGACAGGCAGUAUGAGUUCCAUGACAUCAUCAAUACAGCCACUGAGUUUCACCAACAUUGCAUUCCCACUCCAGCAGACGAUGACAACAAUCCCUGUUACAACAAUCACUGGCCGAGCGGUCUCCACAAUACCAGUAACCACAGUCGCUCAUAUUAUAACAAACCCCGCAAAUCAUCAGAACAUUAUGCUGAAUCUGCCAGGGCAUCUCAAGGCUAAUAAUAUACAGCAGCAGCAGAGGCCUGGAACUGUUGUGCUUGGGUCUAGUAAUGUAUUACACAAUGGUUUGCCAGCAACGGUUGUUACGUCUGUACCAGUGUGUACACAGCAAAGCCCGAACCCUGUGAUAAUGUCUUCAGUGCCCAUCAAUACGGCACCAUGCACUUCAACCCAGUCUUUCAUAAAACAUGAAGGUCAUUCUUCAUGUUCCGCUUGUGGGAGUCUGAUCCCGCAGAACACUAGUGCGGCUAUUUCUCGCCCUCACUCGAAUCACGUGAUGGACUCGGAAAUGAGGGAAGAAACUGAUGGGCAAGAUGCUAUGGAAAGUCUGAAUAGCACAGAAAAUUUGCAAUCAAGUCAGUCUACAGUGACUACCAAUCAGAGCACAGACAUGUCAGCAUUGAAUAACAACUCUAGGCAGAGUACCGAAUUGUCAUACUUGCAAAGGACUAACCAAUCAAUGAGGGAUAUGCCCAUGAGUGUGAGUGAAACCAGCCAAUCACAGCACACUUCAGAUGUGAUGAGUAUGAUUAACAACUCCAUCAGCCAAUCAGAAGGAAAAGAUCUGGAAAGUUUUGAAAUGACAAAUGAUGAAAUUCAGCAGACUCUGAUGGCUAACUUGCAUCAGCAUUCUUCAAAUCUGGUGGAAGAAAAUUCACUGGACAGUUUUGAUCUAUUGACUUCAUCAACAACGACUGGUGACAUCGAUUUCAAUAACUUUGAUGCCUUUGAUAUUUUAGAUGGCCAGCUAGCAGACUUACUGCCAAACUUACAUGAGAGCACAACUAACAAUCAAACAAACCUAGGCCGGGGUAACAGCACUGUACAUUCCAAAGACCCUGUAACUACUUUCCAGGUAAAUCAAAAUGCUUCGCAAGGACAUGACAAUGAGGCCUUUUCAAUUGAUGAUGUUAACCAGGUAGAGAACUCGUACAACAAUCAUCCUGCCCCUGCUAUCUCCAUGGUAACAGAGACUGAGAAUAGAAGAGAGAUUGUGGAAGUGACUGAUUUCUCCCCAGAAUGGUCCUAUCCAGAGGGUGGUAUCAAAGUUCUUGUGACUGGUCCAUGGAAUACAUCAUCAUCGGUAUAUACAUGUGUUUUUGAUGGAUUCAGCGUACCUGCAGCGUUAAUUCAAAAUGGCGUCCUAAGAUGUUAUUGUCCAGCACAUGAGACUGGCCUCAUACCUCUAGAAGUGUCUCAGAAUGGGAGAAUUAUUUCUGGGACUGUUAUGUUUGAGUAUAAAGCUAGAAGUAUGCCCCAGCGUUCGUCUACUCAACAAGAAUGGUUGUCCUUGGAUGAAAACCAGUUCAAGAUGGCAAUACUGGAAAGACUCGAGCAGAUAGAGAACCGAAUGUCUAACAAAGAAUCAAACGAAGAAAAUCAU